GCUUCCUCCGUCCGCCUCUUUCUUCCACAGCCGCCAACUCCGGGAGAACUGAGAGCGCGCGAGUGAGAGACGAUCGGACGCGCGACUUCACAAACACGCGCGCCGCUCCCCCCUCCCCACCCCCUCUCUCUCUCUUGCACGAUUGGCACGGUUGGCUACGUACGGCGCGAAAGAAGUUCAACACACGUACGAACACUGUUGUAGGGACACAUCCCCCAGGAACCAGACACAGAGAGGUCGUGCGCGUCGCACUCGAGUGAACGUGAUUAGACGGCGCAUCAUCAUCCACUGCCUCCUACUAGCAGCAGCAGGGCAAACAGCACGGUUUGGCUACGUACGGUGCGAAAGAAGUUCAACAUACGUACGUGAGGAGGAGGGGCUAUGGUUGGUGGCGAGUGAAGUGUUACUGUAAAAGCACAAUGCCGGGCUGGAGGACAAAGCUGGGAUCCUGCCUUCAGUUUCACCUGUUGGAGGAUGAAGCCAGCUACGCGCGCGGCGGAGCGCAGAGCCAGCCCCCAGCCGUCACGGGGGACGCGUCGCCGCCGUCUCACCGGCAGGGCAUCCCGGAGGAUUGCAAAGGCACGGUGACCGUGGAGCUGGUGAAGAAGGAAGGCUCUUCGCUGGGUCUCACCGUGUCCGGCGGAGCAGACAAAGACUCCAAACCCCGCGUCUCCAGCCUCCGUGCCGGAGGCGUGGCAGCGAAGAGCGACCAGCUGUGCGUGGGCGACUACCUGCACUCGGUGAACGGGAUCCACGUGUCCCGGCUGCGGCACGAGGAGAUCGUGAGUCUCCUGCGCAGCAUCGGGGAGCGCGCCCUGCUCGAGGUGGAGUACCCCCUGCCCCCGCCCGCACUCGAUGGGACUUCAGUUGUGCACAAGACCAUCGAGAUUGCCCUGCACAAAGACGGAAACAGUUUUGGAUUCGUGGUCCGAGGCGGCGUUCAGUCCGACAAAAAGAAGUCGCGGCCGAUCGUGGUGAGCCACGUCAGGCAAGGGGGCCCAGCUGACAGGGAUGGAACCCUCAAGGCAGGCGACCGCCUGCUCGCCGUGGAGGGGAUCCCCGUGCAGGGACUCUCGCUCUGCGAGGCAUCUGUCGUCCUCAAGCAGAGUGGCCAGGAUGCCCGCGUGCUCGUUGAGUAUGACGUCUCCGUCAUGGAGAGCGUGCAGAACGCCACGGGCCCGCUGCUCGUCGAGAUACGCAAGACAUCCGGGGCCAACCUGGGCAUCUCGCUGUCCAAGGAAUCGUGCGGAAUGAAGCAGAUCUUCGUCAUCGACAAGAUCCGGCCGGCCAGCAUCGCCGAGAGGUGCGGCGCCCUGCACGUGGGGGACCGCAUCCUCUCGGUGGACGGCAGCGGCGUGGAGCAGAUGAGCGUGGAGGAGGCGAGCGUGCUGCUCGCCUGCUCGGGCAGCUCGGGGGGCGACGGCAUCAAGCUGGAGAUCCUUCCGUCGCUCGCCCCCCGCCCCACGGGCACGGCACCGGACUCCGGCGUCGUCGUCGACGUGGAUGCGAGCAGCCAUCUGGAGGCGAGUGCCGCCCGCGUAAAGGACGCCGCUGCCGUCUCCUGCAGGCCUCCCAUUCCACCUCGCCACCUCAGACAUCGGACACUGCCCACCCCGAGCACGUCCUCCGCGUCGGACCACGUGCAGAGCCUGGGCUCCCUUCAGCUGGCGACGUUGCCCUAUCCCACGAGCCCCGGAGGCAGCCUGCCCCGCCGGGCCCAUGCUGCCACGUCCCCGCCCUCCGGGGGAACCCUGCCCAGGAUGCGCCAUCCCAGCAGCGCGGGCGCCGCGGCGGCCGCGGCGGCGCCCCCCGGCCUCUACCCCGGCGGCCCCGGCGGCACCUUCCCCCGGACGCACCAGCCGUCGACCCCAGGAGGCUCGCUGCCCCGGAGCAUGUGCACCUCCAGUCCCAGCGGCAGCCUGCCCAGGAGCCUGCGCUCGGCCACCUCCGACAGCACGCUGCCCCGGGGAUUCUCUAGCGCGAGCGCUUGCAGCACCGUGUCCCGCACCUACUGCCCCGUGAGCCCCGCGGGCAGCCUCAACCGCAGGAAGCUGUGGGGCAAGGACUCGCGCAGCUCGUCGUGCAGCACGCUGGGACCCGGCGGCCAGGUGGUGCACACAGAGAGCGUGGCGCUGCACCUCGCCUCCGACGGGGGCCCUGGCUUCGGCCUACACCUGCAGGGCGGCACCUUCUCCACCGACGUCUUCGGAGCGCCGCUGCUCAUCGGAUACAUCGAGCCCGACAGCCCUGCCGAGAGGUGCGGCCUCCUGCAGCCGGGUGACCGCAUCCUCUCUGUCAAUGGCAUCCCCACGGCGGAGCUGGGCUCGCCGGCAGAGGUGUCGCAGUACCUCCACGAGCAGGCCCUCGUGGGCAGCGCCUCACUCGAGGUGGAGUUUGACGUUGCCGAGUCGGUGAUUCCGAGCAGUGGAACUUUCCACGUCACACUUCCCAAGAAGAAAGGCGUGGAGCUCGGAAUUACCAUCACGUCCCCGACUCACAGAAAGCCGAGCGAGCCGCUGGUGAUCACAGAAAUCAAGAAGGGCAGUGUGGCGCACAGGCUGGGCACGCUGGAGCCCGGCGACCGCCUCCUGGCCAUCAACCACACGCGCCUGGAAACCUCCUCGGUGGAUGAGACUGUCCACAUCCUGCAGCAGAGCGACGACUUCGUCAAGCUCAAAGUCCGCAAGGAUGAAGACAACUCUGAUGAGCAAGAGGCAUCGGGAGCCAUCAGCUACUCGGUGGAGCUGAGGCGACAUGGUGGUCCCCUGGGCAUCACCAUCUCGGGCACAGACGAACCCACGGACCCCAUCCUCAUCGCCAGCCUCACGCCCGACGGCCUCGCAGAGCGAACCGGAGCGAUUCACGUCGGCGAUCAGAUCCUGGCCAUUGACGGGAUGUCUCUGAAGGGCAAGCCGCUGAGCGAGGCCAUCGCGCUGCUGCAGCGAGCCGGCGAGAUUGUGGCGCUCAAAAUCAAGAAGCGCACCGCAGAUGGUGGCAAGGAGGCCCCGGGCACGCUGGGGGACGUGAGCGACUCGGACGAGGACGACGGCGGAUUGGGGAGCGCGCGCCCUUCCCGCCUCUACCCCGGUGCCCUCACGCCGGGCUUGGACAGUGCCCUGGGCUCCUGGGAUGGCUCGGCCACCAACUCCAGCCGCCACAGCCACAGUGUGAAGGACGAGCCAAGCUCAAGCCCGAGCGUGCACACGGCAGAGUGCAGCGGCAAUGACGCGACGCACAGGGACGGCUCCUCCCUCAGCGGCAAGAGCCCCGCCGCCGCCGCCGCCGCCGCCGCCUCCCCGGGCCUCAUGUAUUUUGGAAGGAGGUACUCGGCAGGCUCCGACAGCGAAGGACACUUCUUGCCACGAAAGCACGAAGUGGUGGAUGUUUGUGGGCCAUCUGCAGCAUUGAAGGAUAUGAAGGUGACGCUGCACCGGAGGGACAGCACCGAGGACUUUGGCUUCAGCGUGUCGGACGGGCUGCUGGAAAAGGGCGUGUUCGUGACGUCCGUGCGGCUGGACGGGCCCGCCGAGAGGGAUGGCCUCAGGCCCUUCGACAGGAUCGUGGAGGUGAACGGCGUGCAGCUGGGCGAGGCGGGCUGCGGCUCGCUCGUGCCGCUCGUGUCAGAGUCGCGCGACUCCGUCGAACUCCUCGUGAGCCGCGUGCAGCUCCCCUGCACCAUCGAAGGCCGCCGGACCCCCACGCCGCCGCCGCGGCCUCGUCCCCCUGUGCCCGCCCCCCCACCGCACCUGCGCUGCAAGCCGGCCGAGCCCUGGGUGCCGGGGGGCGCGGGGCGAGCGGCGGACGGGGGCCGCUCGAGCCCGCUCGCGCUCUCCUGCCUCCCGCAGGCCGCGACGCGCCACGCCGACUUCCCCGGCGGCGGCGGCGGCGGCGACGUCGACAAGGGUGCCGCGCUGCAACCUUUCAUGCCCCUGCACCCCCGCGAGCAGCCGGCCGGAGCGGAGCAUCACAACAACCUGGAGAUGCUUUAGCCACGGACGCGCUGCGCUCCCCCAAGUGUGCCCGGCUAAUCGGAGCGAACUCUACGUACGGCCCCGAUUGUCGCGUUUGCGGCACGCAGUCAACAAUCAAAGUUGGAGGUGGGCCCCACGUUCUGACAGGAAUUGUGAACGGCAUUCAACUAGUUUGAUGGCCCCGAAACGAAAGUGGAGAUUCCACGUUCCUAUGGUGGGGGGGCAGUCUGUCUCCAUGUGUGGAAGGGUCGCUGUUCACAUCCCACAAAGUGGUACUAAUUUUGGCGACCUUGAAAGGAUGAAAGAUGUCAACCCCCAGACUGGUAUUCAAACGCGCAGACUUCUAAUUGCGAGCAAAGCACUUUGCCAUCAGCACCGCUCGGUCAGAUGAUGCACGGAAACGACUUGAUGCGGUUGGUGAUGCAGAUCAAAUUGAUCCUUACGCUGAAGGAACGCGAUGUCACUGUUGCAAGAUAAGCAACUUGGAAGUAGAUUUUCAGUAAAUGGACCUUGAUGAUUCUUCGUUGAGUAACGGUGGGAAUUGUUAUUUGAAUCUACAAUGCCUGGCGAUGAUGGCUUGCUUGGCUUGGUGUGAAACGAUUGAGGAUGUAAUCGUCCACUUGUCUAGUUGUUAAAGUAAAAAAAAAAGUCUCCAUCGUACAAAGUGAACAUUACAUUGUUGCAAUGACUUCGUUAAAUUAAACAUCCUUACGAUUGAAUUUUGGUGAUAUUUUGAACGUGCAAUGUUUCACAAUGUUCGCUUUUCAUCACCAACCUUAGACCCAAACGGCUUGAACACAAGAGGUGAAGAAACAUCCCUGCGGAACUGCUCAUCACAGCGCAUUCUGUCAGUGCAUUGCCCCCAGGCAAUGACACCACGGGAACACUACUCAAGUCACUUUAUAGUUCGCCCGUGCUGGGCCUACUCUUUGGUUUUAUUCGGUAAAGUCACGUAGAUAAAAUAAAACAAAAUAAAACAAUUAAAUCACGACGUUUCGGAGCCAACACAAGCUUCCGUCUUCAGGUGGAAAAGU